GUCGAAAUUUUCGAAAAUAAUAUCGAAAACUCUGCAUCUUCAGGCCAAAAAUCCCAAACUUCGAUUUCAGCAGCCUCCAGGGUUAGGUCUGUCUAGCUACGCUACAGUAUUUAAAGCGCUCGGAACCGAAUGCAUCAAGUAUAAAAUGAAUAUCAUCUUAACAGGCGCCACCGGUCUAGUUGGCACAGCUGCCCUUUCGCAUAUUCUGUCCCUUCCGGCUGGAAAAAUAUCUCAUUUGUACAUUCUCAGCAGAAGUCCAGUUCCCUUGGCAGAGAACCAUCCAAAUAUCACCGUCAUCCAGCAUAGUGAUUUUACAAACUAUUCUCCUGACUUGCUCCAUAAACUAAAAGGGGCUCAUGGCUGUAUCUGGGCACUAGGGGUCUCUCAGACCCAAGUAUCGAAAGAAGAGUAUGUUAGGAUUACUGUGGAUUAUCCAUUAGCUGCCGCAAAAGCCUUUGCAGGUCUGAAUGAUUCGUUCAACUUCGUCUAUGUUUCAGGUGAAGGGGCAACAUCCGAUCCUGGUAUUUUUACUCCAUUCUUCGGCCGUGUCAAGGGCAACUGUGAAACUGCACUUAUCGAGCUCUCGAAGAAAUAUCCCAGUCUGAAACCGUACAGUGUAAGACCAGCUUUCGUAGACGCUACCCACGACCCCAAAGUUAAAGACGCCGUACUCCAACGACCAGAUCAGCAAACUUUCGUAAAAAGGGUUUUACGGAAUGGGGUGGUUUCCAUUGUACGGGCUACGUGGUCCGACGUUAUUUCACCAACUAAGGAAUUGGGACUUUUUCUGACAAAUCUAGCCGGAGGAGAUGGAAAGCCUUUGAGUGAACAAGGUGUAAGUGGUGACGGCUGGAUAAUCUCAAAUAUAGCUAUUCGGAAAUCAGUGGGAAUCUGAACUUUGCUUGGCCUGUUUUCCAAAGGGUUAGGCAAGACUCUGUCGAUGAGAAAUUUCAACCGAUGUAACUAAGGCUGCAAUUUGAAACAAUCAACUGUUUAUGGAUUAA